CCUUCACGAAUCUUUCCCCUCUUCCCCGAACUGACGGAAAGAUGUUCCAGUCGCAGGUAUAAUGGAUAACUUCCAUUCUGGCGGAUAAACAGUGGAAUUCGAAUCCUUGACGUGAUCGACCUACCUUUUCGUAUACGUGUGCGACAAUAUGAUUAUAUAGUAUUCUGAUAAUUCCGGUUUCGGGUCUAUACUCGUCGUGAAUGAUACGUGCCUUAUUAAUUCCUUGUUUCCCCCCCUCUAAGUUGGUCAACGCGACGACGCCUUUAAUGAUGGUUGUGAUGAUGUGGUUGAGUUGCAAAAAAUGAGUUAGGGCUGAGAGAAUGUGUGUGCGUAGUGCGCCUGCGUGUUUCGCAGACUACCUUAAAAUCAAUCACGCAACGUGAAUAAGGGAAUUGCACCACGACGUCACGGGCCCUUCUCUUUUGGGAGGGAGAUUCUUUUUUUAGGCCCGCCCCUCCUGGGCGACGACGUGGGUAUGUCGUGUAGCGAUUGUGAAAUGGAAAAGCCUCACUUUUUUUAAAUUUAACUUCACUACCUGUUGCAUGGCAGGACAACCACAACCAGUUUUUUACUCUAGCAUAGAUCAUUAUUAGACUGUAUAGUGUAGACUUUGUCCAUCUGUUCUUGAGCUUUGACGAUUCCUUUUGUGUGGCACAGCCAAUCGUGCUUCCCCACCAAGUCCCAUGUUGUUGUCGGAAUAAGCAAGGAGGUUGCAGACUUGAAAAAGAAAUCUUCUCAUUCCGCCAACGACAAUUGCCCUCUGCUGUCUCGCCCUGAUUGUGUUCGUGAGUGAAAACUGUGCGAACGUAAAAUGGAAGGAGAAAGUAGCAAGUAGGUCGGCAGUACUGCUGGUGGUAGUUGCUGAGCAAGUCGCAAGUUAUACUCUCACUUUUGGGGAGACCCACACUGCCGAAUCAAACUCGUCUGCUCAUUUCGUGACGAAUUUGCGUGAGGCUUAGUACGUGGCCACUUUCCCUCUGCACACUAGUCAUCUCUCUUUCGCACCUUGGACAAAACGGUGGCUCACGAUUCUGCAGUGAACGAGGAGUUGGCAGGAACCAUGGAAAUGGCAAAUACCGUCACCAAUGCCAAAUCCUCGGAUCCAGCGUCGACUGCGGAUUUCGACGACGGCGGAGGACAAUGUGGAUGGUAUUGCUGGAAACCCAAAUUCUUACAGCGGCUAUCUACAUCCAAGUCGUUUUUAUUCUGGAUCUGCUGGGCCGGAGGAUUUCAAAGUUUUUUGAUCAACGGUCUUCUCAACGUUUGCGUCAGCACGAUAGAGCGGCGGUACGACCUCACUUCAACGGACAGUGGGAUGAUUAUAGGAUGCUACGACAUCGCGUCAUUUUUAACAGUUCUACCAGUGUCCUAUCUAGGAGGUCGCAAAGGAGCGUGCAAGCCUCAUUGGGUCGGCUAUGGUGUGUUACUAUUAGGAAUAGGGUCGUUCGUCUUUGCUACACCCCACUUAACAUCUGGGCUCUACCAGGCUUCCGUGAAGGAACAAGUCAUCAAUACCUGCUCACUAUCCGUUCCGUCGAUGAACGCCAGUUGCUCGACAUCAGAUCAAUUAACAGCAGGUCUAACGGGUGGAUGGGCGUUGCAAAAGUUCAAGUACGUGUUUCUAGUAGCGCAACUCAUCAUGGGUGCAGGUGGAGCUCCGUUAUACACGCUCGGAACAGCUUUCAUAGACGAGAAUGUCAGUCACAAAAUGCAGCCGAUCUACAGCGGGAUUUUUUACGGAAGUACAAUGCUUGGCCCUGCUCUGGGCUACAUUGCUGGCGGGCAACUACUUCGUCUUUACGUCGACUUCGACACGAUCUCAGCCAACGAAGUAGGGAUGGCUCCGGGUAGCAGCGGUUGGAUCGGUGCCUGGUGGCUCGGUUUCGUCAUCGCCGGAACGUUGCUUUGCAUAGCCGCCAUUCCACUUUUGGCUUUCCCUGGCGAAUUACUUGGUGCGAAAGCACUCGCUGCAGCCAAAGAAGCAGAACAUUCUAAAACGGAAGACCCUGAGGAAUAUGACGAUUACGAUUUCAAAAACGAUUCCAAAUCGACUACACCAGAUGGAGCAAUUAGUGUUGGCCAGAGUUUGCGAGAAUUACCUUUGGCCAUUAAAGAAUUAGCUACACGCUGGACGUUUUUAUUCAUUUGCCUCGAACAGUCGUGCGAGGCAAUGCUCCUUGCAGGCUUUGGGGCUUUCCUACCGAAGAUUAUCGAAAGUCAAUUUUCAUUAUCCCCUGCUAUGGCUGCCAUCAUCGUUGGUGGACUGGUGAUUCCAUGCGGGUGUGGAGCUUCCUAUUCUGGAGGUUAUCUAAUCAAACAUUACCGCAUGCGACCACGGACGAUUUUAAAGAUGUCAUGUUUCUUGGUAUCUCUGAGCUUCAUCUUCUCUUUGGCUUUCAUGGUAUAUUGCCCCAAUCAAGAUUUUGCUGGAGUGACCAUUCCAUACAGCGGAAAGCAUGAAUUAAAAAUCGUGUCCGACUGCAACGCUAAAUGUUCGUGCUCAUUAGAUACCUACGAUCCUAUUUGUGGUAUCGACAACAUUCUUUACUACUCUCCUUGCCAUGCUGGCUGCACGUCGUCUCAUGAAACUUUAGUCAACGGAUCGAAAUCCUUUGCGGUUUAUUCCAAUUGCUCGUGUAUAACUUCGCCAGAAUAUAAAAGAAUGAAGGUCAUGAGUGGAGCGGAAGUUGACGUCAUGGCGGCGCGUCAAACGUGCACUUCUGCCAAAUGCAAUCACCAGCUCUACCUGUUCACGAUAUUAUUAUUCCUCUUUCUGGCUCUUGUUUUCAUGAAUAGCAUGCCGAUUUUAUCAGCAACUUUAAGGAGUGUGCCAUACAAUAGAAGAGCGUUCGCAUUAGGAACCCAGAUGAUUAUUUGGAGGCUGUUAGGUGCUAUUCCAGGUCCCAUGAUCUUCGGAUUAUUCAUAGACAGUUCCUGCGUGUUGUGGUCGCAUACCAACAACGAAUGUGGUGACAACUCUGACAAUAGCGGUUCCUGUUUAAUUUACAACAAUUAUUCAUUUAGCAGAGCAAUGGUUGGGUUAGCGCUGGUCGUUAAAGGGUUCACAUUUUUGUUCGCCACACUGUCUUGGUGGUUCUACACGCCUCCUACCGUAACGAAGGCGUCCAACGGUGUCCAGGAGGUUGCUGCAACAUCGGCCAAUCCAGAGGCAAAAACCAAAGAAAUUUACGCUUAUGACAACACAGCGGUCGAUCGUAAUGAAUAAAAUGAACCCAUUCCUCUCCCCCCUUUCCUGCAAAAUGUCGGUGGCGAUCGCGUUAUUUUAAAUGUUUCUUGUUCUAGUAUUCGGACAGAAAAAAUGUAUUUAUUCACAUUUUUUGAAUAUAUACACUUUUGUAUUUUUUUCGAA